AUGGAGAAUUUGUCAACAUCUGAUGAGUACCCGAAACAUGAUCCCGAUCUGAUGAGGUUGUACAGUAUGCGCUUCUGCCCGUACGCCGAAAGAAUUAGACUCAUGCUGCAGUUUACAAAAAUCAAAUACGAAAUAAUCAACAUAAACAUAUUCGACAAGCCGAAGUGGUUUAUAGCAAACGUCAAUCCAGAUGGAACCAUUCCAGUCCUCCAAUACAAAAAUGCUAUAUUGACGCAGUCUUCCAUAUGUAAUGAAUAUUUGAACGAGGAAUUCGGAGAAAAUAAAUUUCUAUCCAAGAAACCCUUAUCGAGAGCCCAGCAAAGAGCUCUUAUCGCGUCCUUCGAUAAAGUAUCCACUCCAUUCUCUGAAAUCAAUAAAACAAGUGACCGAUCCGUACAUAAAGCAAACUUACCGAAGCUACUCGAUGGUCUCGGUUUCUAUGAAAAAGAAUUAAAAGGACCCUUUUUCGGAAAUCAGAAGUAUCCGAGUCUGAUUGACAUAGCGAUCUGGCCGUGGUUCGAAAGGUUUCCAGCUAUCAGCAAGUUGAAUCACCUGGAUAUAAUGUCUGAAAGAGAAUUCCCUAAGCUCUCCUGCUGGGUUAAAAACAUGAAAAAGCUUAAAAGUGUUCAAAGAGUCUCCUUGCCUGUUGAUUAUCACGUCAAAUUUUACGAGAAAAAACAAAUCGGGUUCACGGAUAUAGUUGACAUUGGAUUAUAA